AUGGAAUUUUUAAUAACAAAGGAAUCUGAUGAAGACUCUAUAUUGUCCCCAACUUCUAAUGAACCUACCAACGCCAACGCUAAAUCUCACAAUGUAAAAUAUUAUAAUGAUGAUUGUCUUCUUGAUAUUAAGGAUAUAAAUGUUGCAAACAUUGAUCAAGUUAAUAAUGAAGAAAUAUCUACUGAAUCAAAAACUUUAUCAGACUGCCUAGUAGACACCCAAAAAUCAUUAUCAGAUUCAGAAUGUAGAGUUCAAAAUAUAUUAUUUAAUAUGAAAUCUGACGAAUACAGCACUACCUCUGAUGACAAAACUAACAUUGAUAGCAAUAUAAAGCCUUACAAUAGUGAUGUUAAAAAUCUGAGUAUGUGUUUACCCUCUUUGACUUCAACUUAUAUCCCCUCUUGUGAAACUCAUGUUCUUUCAAGUACAAAUGAAACAACUUAUUCAGAUGUAAAUAAUAUUUUUACAACUAAUAAAAAACGAGGUUUUUCAAUUGACGAAAUUAGUAAAGAUGAAACUUCUCAAAAUAGCCAAAGCAUGUCAACAUACUCAAAUGAUUAUACUUGCUUUUUAAGUGAGCAAACAGAUGCUAUAAGCAAUUUAACGCCUUUCAAAAGAAGUAAUAGCUAUUAUUUUGACUCUCCUGUAAAAAAGUUAUGUACUACAAAAAUGCCUAUCGAUGACAAAACAAAUGAAAUUCUUAACAGCAUUGACUUGUACUCAAAUAAAAAAGAUAAUAAAAUAUUCAGUGGAUUUACUAGCAUUCAAAAUAACUUAGAAGUUGAUUGUAUACAAGAUCGAUACGAUGGAAGCGACUCUGGAUUUGGAUCUGAAUUAGCAGAAGAUAAGAAUAGUACUAACUUAGAUAUAGCAGUUUCAAAAUCAAGUAUAUCUUACAAAACUGAUUUUACAUUGAACCAAGAAUCUAGUUUUGAAGAUUUGCAAAGAACUUCAAAUGAAUUUUUGUCAGCAAUGGAAGUGUUGAAGCCAAAAUUUUCAGAUUCUAUUCUAGAUACAGGACCAUUAGACAUAAGGAAUAAUUACGGAAUCGUUAAAGGCAUUUUAAAACAUAACAAACCCCUUAAUUAUGGUGUUCCAUCAUCUGAUGUUAUAACAGCGAAGAAACGCAAAAAUAUAAAUUUUGCAAAUGUAACAGUCUUUUAUUUUCCCAGAGUUCAAGGAUUUACUUGCGUUCCUUCUCAGGGUGGUUCUACUCUUGGCAUGACAAGAGUUCAUAGUGCAUCACGCGUUUUUUCUCUACCUGAAUAUAUAGCGGAACAGAGAAGAAUACGUCGAAACUUGGUUCAACUAAGUCAAUCUGAGGUUUCUGGUACAAAUAGUGAUGACAGUGAUAGCGAUGUUGGAGCAGCAGAUGUUUACUCUGAGUCUGACGCCGAUAUGGAUUCAGAUAGCAAUGGGAGUUUUUUACAACCCGUACCUACACGACAAAGACGUGCUCUAUUGAAGGCAGCUGGUGUUGACAAAAUUGAUUCUUCAGAAAAGGACGACUGCAAGAGCAUAAGACUAUCAAGAGAAUUCUGUGGAUGUUUGUGUCGUGGUUUUUGUGAUCCAGAUACAUGUGCUUGUUUUCAAGCAGGCAUAACAUGUCAAGUUGAUAGAAUGAAUUUCCCAUGUGGAUGCACAGUAGAUGGCUGUGGAAAUUCUGUUGGUCGCAUAGAAUUCAAUCCUACAAGAGUUCGUAAACAUUUCAUUCACACCAUAAUGAGACUUGAAAUCAAAAAGAGAGAAGCACAAGAAGAGGAACACUGUAAUAAGCUAGCUAUGACAUCACCACUUAUAUCUAAUUUUUCCUAUCAUGAUUCCAGACAUAUACAACCGUAUUAUCAACCACAACACUAUGAACACAAUUUAAAUGAUUAUAAUUAUCAUUCAUUUUUACCUGUUUAUGAUAACAAUCACAUUGCCCCAGAAAGUAGUACACUAAACAAUUAUCAGCUAAAUAAUUCGCACACUUUAUAUGAACCGUAUCAGUCAUUUCCAUCUGCGUUUGUGCCUUUAUCACAAGAUAGACCUAGAGGAUUGUCUAUUAUAGACAAUAAGCCCGAAACAUUUACAGAUUUAUUGCAGCCAUACAGCUUACAAAGUAUUGAAAGUACCGAUUCACUGGGUAUUCCAAAUAUUCCAAGUACAUUGGUUUCAGAUAGUUUUAAUUUAGAAACAGAAAAUUUAGGAGAAAUCAUUAAAAAUACAAUGGUUGAAAGUGUCAAUUCUUAA